AUGCCCCCGGACCCCUCUAGGUUCGCCGCCGCGCCUUCGGCGCUCGAUAGGUUUCUUCAGGAGAUUGAGAGUCUGAAGCAGGAAAAACAGCUCCAUACAGAGCGUCAGUGGUGGAAACUCCAGCUGCACAGCCUGGAGACAGCACUGGAGGACCAGAGCAGCCCAGGAACAGCAGGACAGCUUGGCUGGACAGAUUUCAGGAUGUGGUCUCAGAGUGCAGAGUCGCAGACAGACCUGGGUCCUGACGUGAGCCCGGGAGGCCCUCUCCAGCCUACAGCAGCAGGGUUACAGCAGCAGCUAGCACACCUCAGGUUUCUUGAGAUUGAGAGUCUGAAGCAGGAAAAACAGAGCGUUAGUGGUGGGAACUCCAGCUGCACAGCCUGGAGACAGCACUGGAGGACCGGAGCAGCCUGGGAACAGCAGGACAGCUCAGCUGGACAGGUGGACGAGCUCAGGAAACAAGUCGCUGCACUCAGCAAACAGAUGAAGUCCAGCAAGCAGAUCAUGGAGAUCUGUAUUAGUAUUAAACUUACACAUGAACUACAAACACAAGAUGAUGAAACACAUUCUCAGAGUGCAGAGUCGCAGACAGACCUGGGUCCUGACGUGAGCCCGGGAGGCCCUCUCCAGCCUACAGCAGCAGGGUUACAGCAGCAGCUAGCAGGCCUCAGUCUGACCAGUUCCAGCAUCAGCAGCACCCUGAAUGCCACGCCCACCCUCACAGCACAGAACACAGCAGGCAGGGAGGAGGAUGAGUUUGACAUGUUCACACAGACAAGAGGGAAGUCCAUGGAGGAGUCCAGGAGAGGUGGUAGCACGUAUGAAGACAUUUCCCAUUCCGGUGAUCUCAAGAGCAGAGGCCUAGCUGGAGCCGUCAACACCAAAUCUAAACCUAACCAACAUGACAUGAAAAGAGACAGAAAAGAGACAAGAAAAGAGACCCGGAAAAGAGUGAAAGCUUGUAAGAAAAGACGCCGGCUGCACAAAAUCAAGUGGAUGAUAGAGUCGGGCUAUUUGCUCAAAACACACGAGAUAGACUUAUCAAAUGCCUUGUGGCAAAGCACGACUGUUAUAAAGCACGUCGAUCUGAGCCGUACAUCAACUGCCUGCGGAAGGCCAUCCUGAAGGAGGACCUUGUUCUGUAUAGCUCUGUACGUUGUAGGAAGCCCAGCUAAAUGGCACGUUGAAACUUUUUUGUUACAAGAGUUUGCAUAUUGAAAAGUACAUGUACUGUAGUUUCAGUAGUUGUAGAGUUUCAGUAAUAUAGAGUUGAAUUUGUUGAAGAUGUUAUCCACUUUUUUUUAGUGCAAACUGUUUCCAGUCAUAUUUUCUCCUGGGAUGUUCCUGCCUACUUUGAUACAAUGUUUCAUCAUCAUUCUAGUAGUGAUGAGCUGACCAUUUCUCCAUAGUGUGGGGAAUGUGUUCUUCAUGAGAACAUUUUCAGCACCAAGGACAGAUGCCAUGAUCCAUUUCUUCUUCAUGUUCAACUGCAGAAUUGUCUAAACUGCCUCUCUACUCACUCAUACCGCAAGGAAUGACACAGACCAACAACAUCAUCAGUCUUCCUCUUAGGCCAUACCAAUUUAAUUUGUUGGUUCUCGCCUCUUCAUUUUUUUUCUGA